AGAUGUCUAGGCAGACACUUGGAAAGAGGAAGAGAUACAUUCUUGGAUUUGGGGAUGGGCCGAAGCCCUCUUCAUCUUCUUCCACAUCUAGUCGUGUGUCACAAGACCAUGUUGGGGAGUUGCAAAAACUUAAAGCUGAGAUGGAGGAGAUGAAGAUGGAGCGUGAGAUAGAGCGUGAGAAGCUGCGGAGGCAAUUGGAGCAUGAGAGGAGAGAGCGUGAGGAGGAAAAGAAAGAGCGAGAGGAAGAACAGAAGCAAAUUGCACAUCUUACAAGUUUGGUGGCAGAGUUCUUAAAGGGAAAGACUCAAACGCACAAGUCAUCUAUCCAUCAUGAUGGGGCCAUGUAUUCAACUGGUGGUACAAAUACUCGUUGAUAUAUGGUGGAGUUAUGAGCAAGUGAAAUCUAGUUUUUGGUACAUGGAUAGCUUUUGUUCAAAUGAUCAUGGUGGAGAUGUCUACAAGCAGAAUCUAGUUUUUGGUAUAAGAAUAUUUUUGUCUACAUUAUGGUUGUUUGGAUGAAUAGCAACAUCAGAUAUUUUGGAAAUUUUAAUUUACA